AUUAUUACUCUAAACAUUUUCGCUUGUUUAUUAAUAGGAUAUAUUGAUGUUAUGAAAACAAGAACGAUUUAUUACUUUCAAGGAAAAGUUUUAAAUUCAUGAGAAGAAUAAACUAUGCUGCUUGUGUUGGAACUACACAGUGUUUCAUCUCUAACAUACAUUUCGAUAUAUCCAAUUGGACAGCUAGUUCAGAAAACGGUCACUCUAGCAAUAUAAUGGCCGAUGUGGAUGUGUUUAUAAGUAAUUAUACAAUCAUCGAUCCAGAAAUUUACCAGCUAUGGAUCGAAGGCUUCUCCUCCAGCGAGGCGGUGUCCUAUCUGAAACAGAAGGGUUUUGGUCACUCCAUGGGCGCUCCCAGCGACCUGAUUGCAUCGGAUGUACUGGAUCAUUACCGCACCUAUUCCCUGAUUGAACUAUACCUAAACGCACCCACCAAACUGAUGGAGCAAUCCUGCUUCCAGCUGGAGCCACAAAUGCGUGACCUUAUCACCGAGAAGUACUAUUCCAUCGAUGAUGUGGUGGCUCGCGAAAUUCUUGGCAAGAAGCUGUCGUCCCGCUACCGCAAGGACCUCGACGAGGUGGCCGAGAAGACGUGCGUCAAGCUAAAAUCAGUUCGCCGACAAUUUGACAACGUAAAACGCAUUUUUAAGGCAGUCGAGGAAAUGCCGGGCACGUUAACCAACAACAUCAAGCAACACUUCAUCAUAUCCACCGAUCUAGCCAAAAAGUACGCCUGCAUUGUUUUCCUGGCCUGCCUGCGUUUCGAAACCACCAAAAAAAAGUUGCAAUACCUGAGCUUCAGUGAUUUGUUGACCUGCUCCCAUGCCAUCAUGAUCUACUGGACGUAUACUUACCAGCACACUGGACCGGAGUACUAUGAUACCGAAAUGGACAAAGAGUUUCUCUUGGACCUGCGGGAGUUGCGCUGUCUACUCGACAAGGAAAAGGAGAUUAAGCACCUCGUCUGCAUGCGCCUCAAACCCGUUCUUCUCGAGCGCGCCUUUCACGAACUGGAUGGCAACUUUCGUUCUUACUGGCGCGCCCUGAUCACCAUCGCCUGCAAUUUGCAUCGCAAUCGGGAGCUGCGCGAUCUUUUCGUCGAUCUCUGUGAGAAGCUUAUUGAUCCUUGGCGUCAGAAUGGCUGGAACCGUGAGCAAGUGAAUAAAUUUUUGGCUUCCAUAACGCAAAGCGUUUUGGAUCUGGAAAUAUCAAGGGACCAAGAAACCAGAUGUCUUUGGGAUCGCUAUAUGCAGGUCAUAACGAUAUGCUUGGAUAAAAUGUAUCACAUUUAAGAUGUGAUUAAACUAAGGAUCAAAUAUAAAUAGUAUUU